AUGUCGAAGAAUAAUAAGAAAAGGGUUGCCGUGAGUUCUCAUCAAUCUCAGCUUGUUGACGAGAAAGCGAUGGAUACAUUGAAAUAUCGAAACCUACUAGAGGAUUUCUUGGUAUUGCAAAAGGAUUUUGUUUCAAAGAAGAGAAAAUUGCGGACAGUUGAGCAGAAGAGAGAUGUUCUUUUGGCUGAAGUUAGGUAUGUUCUUUGUACACUUGAUCUGUAUGAACGAUUCUUAAGACGGAGGCAUAAAUUUCUGAUGAAGAUGCAAUCCGAUAACCAUCAGCUGGAACAAGGUUCUAUUUCAGAGAAAGCUUCAUGCAUGGAAGAUCUUGUUCCUAGAAAAUCUUCACCCAUAGGAGAUCUAGAUCCAGGAAAAUAUGCAGCUAUGCAAUAUGAAGCGAAGGUUGUCGGGAAGCCAUUGAGAGUGAAUAAAAAGCCUAAGAACGGCUUAAUCAACGGCAAAAGCGUAGGGAAGAAGAAAAUUGUAUUGCAAGAUCAGGUGAUUUUUAACGACUAA